AAACACGGAGAUACCGGAUACAGAGAAAGUGAGAGAGAGAGAGAGAGAGAGAGAUGAGCAGUUGCAGAGUUAUCUCAGGAAACCACAGCAGCCUCUUCCCAAAACCUCAAAUCUCUGCCAGAAAAUCCAUGGAAACCCUCUCUUUUCCAAAUUUCUCAAAAACCCAUUUGCCCAAAUCGCAAUCCAAACAGAUUGCAAUCUUCUCCACCGAGAAAAACCCAAACAGGGCCGGCCGGCCGGCCUCUCUCAGGACCAGAGCUUUGAGUACAGAGGCUAGCUUCUACGAAUUGCUGGGAAUUCCAGAGAGUGUCGGCUUCUCAGAAAUCAAGCAGGCCUACAAGCAGAUGGCCCGGAAAUACCACCCGGACGUAUCGCCGCCCAAUCAGACGGAGGAGUAUACGAGGAGAUUUAUUCAGGUGCAGGAGGCUUACGAGACGCUUUCCGAUCCGAGGCUUCGGGCGAUGUACGAUAGAGAUCUGGCCCGGGGGUUCCAUCUCGCGUUCUCCGCGAGGAAGCGGUUCGAUGAGGAAUUGGAGGUGAAAAGUGAAUGGAGGAAUAGGUGGCAGGAUCAAGUGGCGGGUUUGAAGCGGAGGAGCAUGAAUAAGGAUUCGGGGGAUAACAUGUCAUGGGGAGCUCGGAUGCGCAAGCAAAGGAAUGGAUCGUCUGCACAAUAAGUUAUUGUUUCUUUGAUCUAUGUAUAUGCACCUUCUUCUUCUGUUUUCUUUUUCUUUUUUCCUUUUUCCAUUUUCUGCUGCCUGGAUUAGCUAUACCUAUACGAUGGAAAUGCAUAAUGUACAAAACAAAUGUAAUAAAUUUUCUUUUUUGACCGUAAA